GCAGGCAAGCGCAAGGGUGACGCAACACGGGCGGGAUCCGGGAUCCGAGCACUGCGUGGCGUCGUGCCGAAAUGGAGGCGCCAAAGAAGGCGCUCCGGCGAUUCUCGGUGGCCACCUUCGGAGAGGCCAUGCUGCGCUUUCAGCCCGUGGAAGCAGCUGUGGAAGCGCACCUUCCACAGCCCUUCUUGCGCUCAGUAGGUGGGGAUGAGCUGAAUGUCGCCGUCGCCCUGUCCCUGCUGGAGGUCCCUGUCUCGUGGAUCAGCGUGCUGCCUUGUGGGCCCAUGGGCGAUGUGAUUCAAAGCAGCUGCGAGCAUCACUCGGUGAAGUUCCAGGGCCUCCGGGUCGAUGGGGACCUGGGCAUUUUCACCGUGCUGCCGGAGGCGAAGACUGUCCACUACCAGAGGCGGCACUCCGCCUUCGCGGAGCACGCCGCGGAGCUGCGCUGGUCGUCGCUGGUCACGGGCCACGACUGGCUCCACGUCUCGGGGAUCACGCCGCUGCUGGGCCACGGCCCGCGGGAGAGCUGGGCGGAGGCGCUGCAGGCGGCCACGAAAACCUCGGUGCAGGUGUCGCUGGAUCUGAAUCACCGCAAGCAGCUAGGCACCUUGUCUGAGCUGUGGGACGCUGUGGCGCCCUUUGCCGGCCAACUGGAGCUUCUGAUUCUGUCGGCCGAGCAGCUGCAGGGGCUGGCCUUGCUAUUGCUUCACAAAGAGGAGGAGGUGGAAUCUGACAGCACCGCUUUGAGUCUCAUGGGAGAGCUGCAGCGGAUGCUGAAGUGCAAGCGCAUCGCCAUGUGCCGCAAGAGGCGGGAGGAGGGCGUGCAAUGCCGGUGGAGUCUGCUCAGUGAACUCAGCGACACCUGCAGCACCUGCAGCACCUUCAGCACCUCCGCCUUGCCGGUGUACCACGUUCCUCAAGAUGAGUGCGGUGGUGGCAGCGCCUGGGCCGCUGGCAUGAUCCAGGCCUUGCGGGAGAACCUGCCGCCGAUGGCGGCGCUGCGGCGCGGGGACCUGCUGGCGGCGCUGUGCCAAGACUCUGCAGGGGACUUCUCGCGGGUGACGCGGCCCGAGCUGCUGGCGGCGGAGCGCCGCUGGUCCGACGGGCCGGCGAAGCUCACGGCGACCAGGCCCAGCUCCGCCAGGGCUUCGGAAGCCGAAGCCGUCGAGGACACGCUGCAGCGCCUGCGGCGGGCCAAGGUGCUGGCGAUUUUGCGCGCCAAGGGCAGCCCGGAGAAAGCCGUGGAGCGGGGGCUGGAGCUGGCGGCGCUGGGCUGUUGCGCCAUGGAGGUGACGCUGGACAGCUCGGAUUGGCGGCACGUGCUGUCGAGUCUCAGGCGAAGUUUGCCCGCAGACGUUGUGCUGGGGGUGGGCACCGUGAUGGACGACUCCGUGCCGCUGCUGGGUGAGGCCAAGGCCUUGGGGGCCGGCUUUGCGCUGUCGCCCAUCGACCCCGUGGACUUCGUGGAGACCUGCGCGAAUUUGGGCCUCCUGGCGGUGCCCUCGGCCUUCACCAGCAACGAGUGCUGGGCUUUGCACCGCCGAGGGGUGAGGCUCAUCAAGCUCUUCCACGCAGGGCUGGUCUCUCCCAAGAUCUUGCAGUCCAUGCUGGACGUCACCCCCUUGCAGAGUUUGAAGAUCAUGCCUUCCGGCGGUGUGUCACCCGCAAACUGCCAACAGUGGCUGGACGCGGGCGCUUGUGUCGUGGGCAUGGGCAGCAACUUGGUCGGAAAGGACAUCUCCUGCGAGGUGGGCAGCUCAGAGCACCAGGCCGCCUUGGAGGACUGGAAGGCCCAGGGCCGGCGAGCUGCGGAGGCGCUCUUCGCGGAGAGCGAAAAAAACGCGCGCGGAGAGUGGUGGAGACCAGGUGAGGCCCGGAGACUUGGGACUCGGGACUUUUUGCUCUCUAUGCCUUGA